CCGGCGCCGCCCCCUCUUCUCCAAGAUGGCGAGCGGCGGCAGCGGGGGGGUUUCGGUGCCCGCGCUGUGGAGCGAAGUGAACCGUUACGGACAGAACGGCGACUUCACGCGCGCUCUGAAGACCGUCAGCAAGAUACUACAGAUCAACAAGGACGAUGUGACCGCCCUGCACUGUAAAGUGGUCUGCCUUAUUCAGAAUGGAGGCUUCAAGGAAGCCUUGAACGUCAUCAAUACGCAUACCAAAGUUUUAGCCAACAACUCUCUCUCCUUUGAGAAGGCAUAUUGCGAGUAUAGGCUCAACAGAAUUGAGAAUGCCUUGAAGACCAUAGAGAGUGCCAGCCAGCAGACGGACAAGCUGAAGGAGCUGUACGGACAGGUGCUAUACCGUUUGGAACGCUAUGAUGAAUGCUUAGCUGUGUAUAGAGAUCUCGUCCGAAACUCCCAAGAUGAUUAUGAUGAGGAGAGGAAAACAAACCUUUCGGCAGUUGUGGCAGCUCAGAGCAACUGGGAAAAAGUGGUUCCAGAGAACCUGGGCCUCCAAGAAGGCACCCACGAGCUAUGCUACAACGCCGCAUGUGCACUGAUAGGACAAGGCCAGCUGAACCAGGCGAUGAAAAUCCUCCAGAAAGCUGAAGAUCUUUGCCGCCAGUCAUUUUCAGAAGACUCUGAUGGGAUGGAGGAAGACCCACAGGCAGAGCUGGCCAUCAUUCAUGGUCAGAUGGCCUACAUCCUGCAGCUUCAGGGUCGUACAGAAGAGGCUUUGCAGCUUUACAAUCAGAUAAUAAAACUCAAGCCAACAGAUGUGGGAUUACUAGCUGUGAUUGCAAAUAACAUCAUUACCAUUAAUAAGGACCAAAAUGUCUUUGACUCCAAGAAGAAGGUGAAAUUAACCAACGCAGAAGGAGUAGAAUUUAAGCUUUCCAAGAAACAACUGCAAGCUAUAGAAUUUAACAAAGCUUUACUUGCUAUGUACACAAACCAGGCAGAGCAAUGCCGCAAAAUAUCUGCUGGUUUACAGUCCCAAAGUCCUGAGCGUCUCCUGCCUGUGUUAAUCCAAGCUGCCCAGCUCUGCCGGGAAAAACAGCACACAAAAGCAAUAGAGCUGCUUCAGGAAUUUUCAGAUCAACAUCCAGAAAAUGCAGCUGAAAUUAAGCUGACCAUGGCACAGUUGAAAAUUUCUCAAGGUAAUAUUUCUAAAGCAUGUCUAAUACUGAGAAGCAUAGAAGAGUUAAAGCAUAAACCAGGAAUGGUGUCUGCCUUAGUGACCAUGUACAGCCAUGAGGAAGACAUUGACAGUGCCAUUGAGGUCUUCACACAGGCUAUCCAGUGGUACCAAAACCACCAGCCCAAAUCCCCUGCUCAUUUGUCCUUGAUAAGAGAAGCAGCAAACUUCAAACUCAAAUACGGGCGGAAGAAGGAGGCAAUUAGUGACCUAGAACAGCUAUGGAAACAAAAUCCGAAAGAUAUUCACACACUGGCGCAGCUUAUUUCUGCGUACUCGCUUGUAGAUCCGGAGAAAGCAAAAGUUCUUAGUAAACACUUGCCCUCAUCAGAUAGUAUGUCUCUAAAAGUAGAUGUCGAGGCCCUUGAAAAUUCUCCUGGUGCUACGUACAUUCGGAAGAAGGGUGGAAAAGUCACUGGAGAUAGUCAACCAAAGGAGCAAGGUCAGGGAGAUUUGAAAAAGAAGAAGAAGAAAAAGAAAGGAAAAUUGCCUAAGAAUUAUGACCCAAAAGUUACCCCAGAUCCAGAAAGAUGGCUGCCAAUGCGAGAACGUUCUUACUAUCGAGGAAGAAAGAAGGGUAAAAAGAAGGAUCAGAUUGGAAAGGGGACUCAGGGAGCAACUGCGGGAGCUUCCUCUGAACUGGAUGCCAGUAAAACUGUGAGCAGUCCUCCCACCUCCCCACGACCCGGCAGUGCAGCGGCUGUCUCUGCCUCUACCAGUAACAUCAUACCCCCGAGACAUCAGAAGCCUGCAGGGGCUCCAGCAACAAAAAAGAAACAGCAGCAGAAAAAGAAGAAAGGAGGAAAAGGAGGCUGGUGAUUCGAAUGUUCAGUCCAGGCUACUUUUAAGCUAGUCUCAGUGAUACUAGGAACAUAAUAAAGGUGACACAGCGAGAAGCACAGAACUGCCCCCUCUUCCAUCUCCAUAUUUACAUAAAAUAAUUUCUUGUGCAUCAACUAGAACAUUUUCCUCAGACUGUCUAGUUGGAUUUGGCCUCCCUGUCCCAUAGUUUUGCACAUAUUAUGAGGUUUGAAGAUGAUUGAUCGAGUAUUUACCAACCUUGAUAUCUGUUGCAUCUUUAUCUUUGUUGAUUUGAUCUUUUUUCCAUUUCACAAAUAAGGCACACUGGGCUGGGGAUUUAGCUCAGGGGCACAGCGCCUGCCUGGCAAGCGCAAGGUCCCAAGUUUGAUUUCUGGUAUCAAAAAAAAAAAAAAAAAACAAGGCACGUUACCUGAGGUUUCCCAGGAUUUAAACAAAAACUCUGCUUUUGCAACUAAAGUCUACAGACUGAAGGUGUUUGUUCCUAUCAAGUCCCACUUUAAAUUAUUUCUCAGGAGGCUGUGGGAGACUGAAAGUGGAAUCUUCUGAGCAUUCCAAAUAUUUGCGUAGAAAUACCAUGUGAUAAAAAGGGACCUUAUUAAAACACUGGUGUCCUUCCCUUAGCUAAUUGAGUGGCCCACGAAAAGUGUCUUACACAAUUUUAACCACAGAUUCUCUGUGUGAUACCAGAAUGUGGGCAGCUUUGUGCCCCUUAUUGUUUUCAUUUUCAGAUUAUGUUAACUUGCUGAUUUAGCAUCAAUGAAGACCUCAAGAGAAAUCUACCAGUGUUCAAAGUAGUUUACUCUUAGACCAGUGUCCAGAGGUAAAAUGGGUGUGGACUGUCUUAAUCAGAAAGGCUAAUGUGCCUGUCAAGAACAUAAAUUGACUUCAUUAUGCAGAGAGGAACUCAGUACCACACAGUAUUAAAAUCUAACAGAACUGGCUGGCCCAUUAAUAUACUCACACGGCUCUUCUUUCUAGGUACAGGUUAUGACCGUGAUUACGUUUCCCAAAGUAAUGAAGUGUUUCACAGUUUGUGAUGUCAGUGUUGCUUGUCUUUCCUUGCCUACAAGCUGCUUUCAUCCAACAGCUGUGAGACAUGUUAGGACACCCACCCUCCUUGGUAUUCGCUUUUUGAUGCCCAAGAUAUCAUUCACUUGAGACUUUUGAGUAUUUCCUUGUGAUCAUAUUACUCUGUUCUUGUUAAUAAAGUGCUGCUGUGUUUGGACAUAGCUACUGAAACAUCUUCAGAGAGUUUUUUGGAAAGGCUUCCUGUGUAAGUGGGUUGUUGCCUUUUGGUUUUGCAUAGUCCGAAGCUGCAGUGGCAUCUAAACGAGAUCUUAAAAUGAUUUAUUAAGACAUAAUACUUUUUUGAGCUCUGCAGACAACAAUGUUUUGGUAAGAGUGACAGAUACUUAUUCUCUAUAUUCUGUUGCAGAAAUAAUCAUUAAAUCUCUUAAGAUUCCAUUAAGUAGCUGUAGUUAGGGAUAGUAAUUUUUUUUAGGUUAAACAACAGAAUCUUGGUGAAAAUUAUCGAUCUUCGAAAAUUCUGACCCACGGCAAAACAGUGAGAUUUGUAAUUCUUUAAUUGUUGUUACUGACAGCAUUGGUGUUCUGUUUGUCUUUGCAAAGCAACCAAAAUCUCAGUUCAAACAAACAAGCUAUUGUUAAACUGAUAAGAACAGAUACUAUACUUGAUCUUAGCCAAAAGGCCUAUCAAGAACAUAAAUUGUUCUUGAUAACAAGCUAUUGUUAAAUGAAGAUAAAUGAGCUAUUGUUAAAUGAAGUGUAAACAUCUAUAUUAACUUUCUAGUAAUUCUUUCCUCCUUUGGAUAGGCUGACAGUGACAUACAUACUGUAUUUGUGAGUGUGUGUACAUUUAUAAAAUCCAGUAUGGAUGCAUCCAUUCACUGUGGCACAUUUUUAAAUAAAAUAUUCCAGCAGUGAUCAUGAA